CCGGCCCGCCGUCCGGAGCCGCUACCUGCGAUGGCGACCUGCGGGGCCCCGCCGGUGCCCGUCCUCAAAGAUGUCGUGGCCUAUGUUGAAGUGUGGUCAUCGAAUGGAACAGAAAAUUAUUCAAAGACAUUUGCAAACCAACUUGUGGAUAUGGGGGCAAAGGUUUCAAAAACUUUUAACAAGCAAGUAACUCACGUUGUAUUCAAAGAUGGAUACCAGAGCACUUGGGACAAAGCUCAGAAGAGAGGGGUAAAGCUCGUUUCAGUGCUCUGGGUUGAAAAAUGCAGGACAGUUGGAAUACACAUUGAUGAAACAUUAUUCCCUGCAGCUAAUACUCGUGAACAUUUAUCAAGCCUAAUUAAAAAAAAACGUAAAUGUAUGCAGCCCAAAGAUUUUAUUCCUAAAACACCAGAAAAUGAUAAAAGACUUCAAAGGAAAUUUGAGAAAAUGGCGAAAGAGCUACAAAAGCAAAAAACAAAUCUAGAUAAUGAUGUACCUGUUCUCUUAUUUGAAUCUAAUGGCUCAUUGAUGUAUGGUCCCACAAUUAAAAUUUAUAGUAGUCACCAGAGCAUAAUGGAGAAGAGAUUACAAGAGAUGAAAGAGAAGAGGGAAAAUCUUUCCCCUACCUCUUCCCAAAUGAUUGAACACACUCAUGAUAAUCCAGUUGAAUCGUUUGCUGAUGGUUUGCACUCAUUUUCUGAUGAUCCUUGUGGAAACUCAGGAUGUGGAAAUCAGGAAAGGAAAUUGGGAGGAUCCAUUAGUGAAAUUAAAAGUGAUAUGUGUGUUUCUUCACCUGUAUUGAAAACAAAUAGUAUGCGUUCAUCAGCAUCUUGCAGUUACCUCAAUCAAGUAAGCCCUCAGAAGUCCAUGAACAAUCUUUCAAAGGAAGAAAUAAAUUGGCAAAGAGAUACUGUAGGUGAAACAGUCACCCCUGACAAAAAGCAAGCUGAAGGUUUGUAUAAUGAGAUGUUUGAUGAGAAAUACAGUGUGUCUCCUACAUUAUCUACAGCAAAAGGCUGCCUUUUGAUACAUUCAAGACACAACAGUUCUUCAACAAAGAGAAAAAGAACGUCAGAGGACUUACACUCAUCUCCAGAAGAAAAACUAAAGCAAAAGAGGUACUGUAGGAAAUCUAUGAUGCCAGGGUUGCUGCUGUUUAAGUCAGGGAAUAGCUUGCAGCUCAUGACCAGAUCUACUGUUGAGACUCUUGAUUAUGGAGAGUCCUCAUAUGAUGAUUAUUUUUCACCUGAUAAUCUUAGAGAAAGGAACUCAGGGAAUCUUCUUCCUGAAUCACAGCCGUCAUCAAGCCCUGCUCAGUUCAGCAGCAGAAGAAGUCUUUCUAAGAGGGAGAGAACAAUCAUGUUAGAGAUGUCUGAUUUUUCCUGCAUUGGUGAAAAACCCUUAUCAGUCAGCAUUACCAAUUUAACAGCAAAAACCAGCUCCACUCCUCAGAAACCUGCAAACGAUGAAGGCAAUACAACUUUGCAUUGCAUGACUUGCGGGGAAACACCUGCCGCUGAAGAAACCCCAGGGGUUUGUAGACAGGCUGGCCCUCAGCAGAGAGAAGACACAUGCCCAGAUGGAAGCAACUUUUCUCCUACCAUUGAUGACCCUGCCCAUCCAAAAGGACAUCAUGGCGAUUUAACUCAUUUGAAAGGAAACAGUAAAGAAACGAAAGAAAACGGAAAAAGCAUGCAGAAAGAAGGUACCCCUUCAAAAAUGUUGAAUUUCUCUGAAGGUGAUGAAGCACAAAGUGACUGUAAAAGAAACUUUGUAGAUGGUUGUGAGGUGGAGAAAUCUACAGAGGAAAAGGAGAACUUAUCCAGUGGAUAUAGUGGAAUUUUAGGUGUUAAAAAUGGACCAACAAGGCAUGAUGUUUUAGAUGGCUCACGUGAAGGCUUUAAGGACCUCAUCAAACUUCAUGAGGAUUCAAAAAAAAGUGAAAAAGGCAAAAAGCCAACGAGAACAUUAGUCAUGACAAGCAUGCCAUCUGAAAAGCAGAAUGUCAUCAUCCAGGUCAUGAAUAAAUUGAAAGGCUUUUCAUUUGCAAGCGAAGUCUGUGACACUACCACUCAUGUGCUAGCUGGGAAGCCGCUUCGCACCCUGAAUGUGCUGCUGGGAAUUGCCCGUGGCUGCUGGGUCCUUUCUUAUGAAUGGGUACUAUGGUCUUUGGAACUGGGUCAUUGGAUUUCCGAGGAGCCAUUUGAGCUUUCUAACUACUUCCCCGCAGCUGCUGUUUGCCGGCUGGAGCGCCAUUUGUCCACGGGGCAGUACCAGGGAACCCUCUUUGCCGAUCAGCCGCUGAUGUUCAUCUCGCCGGCCAGCAGCCCCCCCAGGGCCAAGCUGUGUGAACUGGUACACCUGUGUGGGGGCCGAAUCAGCCGAGCCCCUCGCCAGGCGGGCAUCUUCAUUGGGCCCUACAGCAGAAAGAAGAAAGCAGCAAUCAAGUAUCUGUCAGAGAAGUGGAUCCUAGAUUCGAUCACUCAGCACAAGGUCUGUGCCUCUGAAGACUACCUAUUGCUGCCAUGAUGGAGACACCAUCCCACGUGGCACUGCAGACAGCUCGCAAAGCUUUGGAUAUUCAAGUGAGAAACAGCUGCGAAGAGAAGGAACUGACAUUUAAGGCUGACUUUUUAUAUCAUCAUGUUUGCCUGUGUAUGUUGUGGUUUUUAUUUUAAGACUCCUUUGUGUGAUUUCCCAAUGACUGAAUUUGUUUCAGAAAGGGGUUGGCCAGUCCUAUCUGGGCCUUUUCUACAUAAUGUCCCUCUUUGUAUCUUAGUAAUAAUCGUAAUUAAAAGGUUACAGAACCUUUGUCAUUAAAGCAGUGUAGUGCCAAAUAAAAAGUGGAAAUUUAAAUCAUUUUAUUGCUGAGAACAAUCAAA